UCCCUGCCUGAGCACCCGAAGGAAUCCCACCCAGCCACUGAGACUACCACCCCAUCACGCCGUGUUUCUAGGACCCUGCGCUCAGCCAGCUAGAGGACAGACUGACUGACGGUGGAGGCAGCGCCCGACAGGAGCUGGGGCAGCCAGAAUGGAAUCUUCAGCCAUGAGGAGGAGGCUGGGCUCUGGGCAGGAGGAAGGUUUGGGGGUACAGCCUAGAAGGACAGCCGAUCUGGGAAUGGGCCCCAACCUCCGACGCAGCCAUAGCAGUCUCAAGAGCCGGAGGUCGCAGGCUGCCUUUGGUACCAGUGAAAAGCAAGAAAAUCCCAGCUCAUGGAUUCUGAAAAACAUCAAGAAGAAAGCAUGCGUGCAUUUUGUCAAAAGCUGCAAGGUGUCAGAUGCCGGGAAGGUGGUGUGUGCGUGUGGCUACACCGAGGAGCAGCACGUGGAGGCCGCCAAAUCCCACGUGUUCCAGGACAAGGAGUGGGACCCCAAAGAGCAUGUCCAGGAGAUGCCCACGGAUGCCUUUGGUGACAUCGUUUUCACGUGCUUGGGCCAGAAAGUGAGAAAGUAUGUCCGAGUCUCCCAGGACACACCCUCCAGCGUCAUCUAUGAUCUCAUGACCCAGCACUGGGGCCUGGAUGAUCCCAACCUCUUAAUCUCGGUGACCGGUGGGGCCAAGGAUUUCAAGAUGAAGCUGAGGUUAAAGAACAUCUUCCGAAGAGGCCUGGUCAAGGUGGCCCAGACUACAGGGGCCUGGAUCAUAACUGGGGGAUCCCAUGCUGGGGUGAUGAAGCAGGUGGGCGAAGCAGUAAGAGACUUCAGUCUAAGCAGCAGCUACAAGGAAAGCGAUGUCAUCACCAUUGGAGUUGCCACAUGGGGCACUAUUCAUAACCGGGAGAGUCUGGUCAACCCCUCGGGUUGCUUCCCUGCCGAGUACUUCCUGGACGAGGAGGGCCAGGGGAGCCUCACCUGCCUGGACAGCAACCAUUCCCACUUCAUCCUGGUGGAUGAUGGGACCCAUGGCCAGUAUGGGGUGGAGAUUCCCCUGAGGACGAGGCUGGAGAAGUUCAUUUCGGAGCGUCCCCUGAGGACGAGGCUGGAGAAGUUCACUUCGGAGCAGACGAACGAAAAGGGAGGGGUGGACAUUAAGAUCCCCAUUGUCUGCGUGGUGCUGGAGGGUGGUCCUGGCACGCUGAAUACCAUCUACAACGCCAUCACCAAAAACACACCCUGCGUGAUUGUGGCGGGCUCAGGCCGUGUGGCAGACGUUAUUGCUCAGGUGGCCAACCUGCCCAUCUCCGAGAUCACCAUCUCCCUGAUCCAGAAGAAACUGAGCAUGUUCUUCCAGGAAAUGGAGACCUUCACCGACAGCAGGAUCGUGGAGUGGACCAAAAAGAUCCAAGACAUCGUCCGGAGGAGGCAGCUGCUGACCAUCUUCCGGGAGGGCAAGGAUGGCCAGCAGGAUGUGGACGUGGCUAUCCUACAGGCUCUGCUGAAGGCCUCUCGGAACCACGACCACUUUGGCCACAAGAACUGGGACCACCAGCUGAAGCUGGCGGUUGCGUGGAACCGCGUGGACAUUGCACGGAGUGAGAUCUUUGCUGAUCAGUGUCAGUGGAAGCCCUCGGCUCUGCACCCCAUGAUGACCGCCGCCCUCAUCUCCAACAAGCCCGGAUUUGUGAGGCUCUUCCUGGAGAACGGGCUGCGGCUGAAGGAGUUUGUCACCGCGGAGACCCUGCUGUACCUGUACAAGAACCUGGAGCCCUCCAGCCUGUUCCACGACAAACUCCAGAAGGUGCUGGCCGAAGACAACGAGUUCGUGGGCUGCAACGGCAAGAAGAACGACCCGAAGAUGCACCACGUGGCGCAGGUGCUUCGAGAGCUGCUGGGAGACUUCACGCAGCCGCUCUACCCUCAUCCUCAGCACGGCCGGCCCUCCUGCAAGCAAAACGUGCGGGGAAGGAGUUCCCAGCCCCUCUGCAAGCCAUCGUUAGAGGAUGACAACUUCAUAGACCCCGUCCUAGAGGAUGACAACUUCAUAGACCCCGUCCGUGACCUGCUCAUUUGGGCCACCAUCCAGAACCGCCGGGAGCUGGCAGAAAUCAUCUGGGCUCAGAGUCAGGACUGCAUCAUGGCGGCCUUGGCCUGCAGCAAGCUGCUGAAGGAGCUGUCCAAGGAGGAGGAGGACACGGACUGCUCGGAGGACAUGCUGGCCCUGGCGGAUGAGUAUGAGCUCAGAGCCAUCGGGGUCUUCACUGAGUGCUACCGGAAGGACGAGGAGCUGGCCCAGAAGCUGCUCAUCCGCGUGUCUGAGACCUGGGGGAAGACCACCUGCCUGCAGCUUGCUCUUGAAGCCAAGGACAUGAAGUUUGUGUCUCACGGAGGCGUCCAGGCCUUCCUGACCAAGGUGUGGUGGGGUCAGCUCUCCGUGGACAACGGGCCGUGGCGGGUGAUGCUGUGCAUGGUGGUGUUCCCACUACUGUUCACUGGCCUCAUCUCCUUCAGGACGAAGAGGCUGCAGGCCCAGAAGGGCUUGGCCCGCAUCUGCGCCUUCUUCAGGGCGCCCGUGGUCAUCUUCCAACUCAACAUCCUCUCCUACUUCACCUUCCUCGGGCUGUUCGCCUACGUGCUGAUGGUGGACUUCCAGGCCUCGCCCUCGUGGUGCGAGUGUGUCAUCUACUGCUGGCUCUUCUCGCUGGUGUGCGAGGAAGCGCGCCAGCUCUUCUCCGACCCCGAUGGCUAUGGGCUGCUGAAGACGGCCAACUUGUACUUCAGUGACUUCUGGAACAAGCUGGACGUCGGAGCCAUCCUGCUCUUCACAGCAGGCCUGACCUGCAGGCUCAUUCCCGCCACGCUGUACACCGGGCGGGUCAUCCUCUCCCUGGACUUCAUCAUGUUAUGCCUCCGGCUGAUGCACAUCUUCACCGUCAGCAAGACGCUGGGGCCUAAGAUCAUCAUCGUGAAGCGGAUGAUGAAGGACGUCUUCUUCUUCAUCUUCCUGUUGGCGGUCUGGGUCGUGUCCUUCGGGGUAGCCAAGCAGGCCAUCCUCAUCCACAACGAGAGCCGAGUGGACUGGCUCUUCCGAGGGGUCGUCUACCACUCCUACCUCACCAUCUUUGGGCAGAUCCCAGCCUACAUCGAUGGAGUGAACUUCGAUCCCGAGCACUGCAGCCCCAAUGGCACAGACCCUUACAAGCCCAAGUGCCCAGAGAGCGAUCAGACCCAGCAGGAGCCGGCCUUCCCUGAAUGGCUGACGGUCAUCCUGCUCUGCCUGUACCUGCUCUUCACCAACAUCCUGCUGCUCAACCUCCUCAUUGCCAUGUUCAACUACACAUUCCAGCAGGUCCAGGAGCACACAGACCAGAUCUGGAAGUUCCAGCGUCACGACCUGAUUGAGGAGUACCAUGGCCGGCCCCCCGCCCCGCCGCCCCUCAUCCUCCUCAGCCACCUGCAGCUCCUGAUCAAGAGGAUCACCCUCAAGAACCAGCACAAGAGGCACAAGGAGCUCAAAAACAAGCUUGAGAAGAGCGAGGAGGCAGCGCUCCUGUCCUGGGAGAUGUACCUGAAAGAGAACUACCUGCAUAACCAGCAGUACCAGCGGGAGCAGAGCCCUGAGCAGAGGAUCCGAGACCUGGGCGAUAAGGUGGACACCAUGCUGGAGCUGCUGGACGUGGGCCAGAUGAAGCGCUCGAGCUCCUUGGAGCACAGGCUGGCCUUCCUGGAGGAGCAGAUGGGCCAGACCACUGGCGCGCUUCAUUGGAUCGUGAGGGCGCUGAGGGAUGGCGGCUUCGGCUUAGAAGCAGAUGUCCCUGCUCCAGCACCCCAGAAGGCCCCCAAGGAGCAGAGUGGAGCACUGGGUGGCAGGCAGAAGGCAGAUGACGGGGAGGACCUGUACCAUGUGAACGCCCGGCACCUCCUCUACCCCAGCGGUCCAGUCACACGAUUCCCCGUGCCCAACGAGAAGGUGCCCUGGGAGACGGACUUUGGGCUCUAUAAGCCCCCUUUCUACACGGCUGAGAGAGAGGACAAAACAGUUGUGGACCCCAUGGGGAGCUGCCUGGAUCUCCUGUCCAAGAUCAACUACAACACCAUGGACGGGCUGGUGGACCGCCGGAGCUUCCACGGCCGCUAUGCCGUCUGCGAAGGCCUCCCUCAGAACCCCAUGGGCCGCACGGGGCUACGUGGACGUGGGAGCCUCAGCUACUUCGGGCCCAACCACGCGCUGCACCCGGUUGUCACCCGGUGGCAGCGGAAGGAGGACGGGACCAUCUGCAGGAAGAGCAUCAAGAAGGUGCUGGAGGUGCUGGUGGUGCAGCAAUCGCCGUCGGAGUACUGCGCGCUGCCAGGGGGCUCCAGAGAACCGGGAGAGACGCUGCCCCGGAAGCUGAAACGGAUCUUGCGGCCGGAGUUCUGGCCUUCCUUUGAAAGCCUGCUGAAGCAGGGUGGGGAGGUGUACAAGGGUUACAUGGAUGACCCAAGGAACACAGACAAUGCCUGGAUCGAAACAGUGGCCAUCAGCAUCCACUUCAGGGACCAGAAUGAUGUGGAGCUGGAGAGCCUGAAAUCUGAACCGGACUGCGUGGACAACAAGAUGUCCUUCACCUGGCAGGUGGUAGACAGAUGCAUCCCACUCUACGCCAACCACAAGACCAUCGUCCAGAAGGUGGCUGCUCUCCUUGGAGCUAACUACUGACCGGGACCACAGCAGCGGCGGUUGGCAGGGAGGCCAGCCCAGUGAUGGUCCAUGGGCUCUCUGCUGCCUGGAUGCCGGGCCCACCCCUUGAUCUCUGCCCUGAGUGGUGGCUCCUGGGGCCGGUGGCCAGCUUGUGAAGUGAGGAGGGCCCAACUGCAAGGGGACACACAGCAGUCCCCAGAGUUGAGGGGCACCAGGGCCCAGGCAGCCAGCCAGUUUGGGGCUGGGCCUGGAGCGGAUUCAUGUCCUGGUCACAUCAUCUCCAGCAGCUCCUCCACCAAGGCCCAGUCUGGGUUUCCUCCUCUGCCACCUGAUCUUGGAGGGUCUGGCGUGGCCCCUGGGUGCCGCUGGGUGCUGUGAGAGAGCCAGUUGAGCCCUAUGGGGCAGAUGGGCAGGUGGCGGGGCCAAACCCAGCCUACUGCAAAGUCUGCCCCAGAAUCUCUACUGUGUCCCUCUACCUGUGGCACCUGUGCUCUGGGAGGUGCUGACACACAGCAGAGUGACAACCUUGAUGCCCCAGGCCCUUCCGCUCUGUCACCUCCCACAGGGCCACAUGUCAGCAUAACCGCCUGGCGCCACCAGGACGGAGAGUGUCCCAAGGAUCCAACAUUAAAUCUGCUCUCACCUGCCA